AUGAAGAGUUUGAUGUGUUUAGCGGGAGUACUCAUACUUUUCGUUCAAACUGCAGUUUUGCCAACCGAAGCCAAUAUCGUUGGCAAAACAUGUAGUAGAACACCAAACCCUUCGGUCUGUCUCUCGUCUCUUAAAUCCGACCCUCGGAGCGCCCAAGCAGACAUUUAUGGCUUAGCUGUCAUAAUGAUCGAUGUGGUGAAGGCAAAGUCCACAGCGACUCUAAACAAAAUCAACCAAUUGCUCAAGAAAAGCCCCGGAGAUAAAUCCUUGAAAGAUUGCGCUGAAAGUUACAAGGCAAUUGUAGAGUAUUUCCCAACAGUCUAUCAGGCAAUCAAGUUGGGAAGAGCUAUGUUUGCAUUGGAAGGUAUGAAUAAUGCUGUGAUUGGGGCUAAUACAUGCGAACAAAAUUUUCCAGGCAGUAGGUCUGAUCAUCCUCUGACAAAAUUUAACAAAGAUGUGGCAGAUGUUGCUAGUGUGGCUGCAGCAAUUAUUGAUGAAUUUCCUUGA